GGCUACUCUUGCUAACCAUGCAAUUUAUGGCGAUUUACCUAUGCAUGAUAACCUUCAAGUAUUGUCAAACACUUCUGUCAAAUUCAUCGGCACCUAUUCAUUACCGAGUCGAGUUUACGUUGAUUUUUUACAACUCCCAAAAUGUCGUCUGUCAAGUUGCUAGAAGAUAGAAUUGCUAGUUUGGAGAAACAAGUGUAUGGGCUCGGUAAUAUGAUGAGUAUUGAUGAUCCAGCACCAUCAAACGCUAUUGUCGACCGACUCGUAGAUGUCAACUCGUUAAUUAACUCUGCAAUAUCAGGCAGAGAAAAACCAAAUGCGAUUAUCAAGCGUUUAUCAGAAUUAAAUGGCUACUUGGAGCCUACCUCGGAAGACGUUGAUAUGCCUACAAGUGCUAAAGCGCAGCUGUUGUUGACAAUGGAGCCAGAGAUUAGAGAGAACCAUAAACUGUUGACUAAAGUGCAGGAACUUACGCCCGUGUUGGAGUCAGAAUGUAUCAGAGAUGCGCCAGAAUUAAACAAUAUGUUUAAUAAGAUAUCGCUUUUGUAUCUGAAGGCUUAUGAGGAUUCUAAGGAGUUGAACACUCACGUGCAAGAUCUGCUAUCUAAAUAUAAUGCAGUCAUAAAUAGUAUAUCGGAAUCAUUAAUUAUUUUAGAUAAUGCAGUUACAACUGCAGAAAUAGCAGCUAGGCCAAAGAAACAAAUGGAUGAUUAAUGAGAUAAUUGUUCAGUCUAUUUAGAUAUAUUAUUAAUUAUAUUGUAAAAUUAACUUACAAUAUAAUUAAUAUUGUUAAUUUAUAUCAUAUUUUAACACAAGUUAAUAUUUUACUUUCUAUUUCAAUUUCUUAUAGUGCAAAUUUAGU